AUGGCUCAAGCAUUCGUUGACAGCAAGAUCCAGCCUGGGAAGGUGGUCGUGUUCAUCAAGCCCACCUGCCCCUACUGCAGAAAGACUCAGGAGCUUCUCAGCCAACUGCCCUUCAAACAAGGGCUUUUGGAAUUUGUCGAUAUCACAGCCGCCGGUGACACCAGUGAGAUUCAAGAUUACUUGCAGCAGCUCACCGGAGCCAGAACGGUACCUCGGGUCUUCAUUGGUCAAGAGUGCAUAGGUGGAUGCACUGAUCUAGUAAAUAUGCACGAGACAGGGGAACUGUUGACACGGCUAAAGCAAAUUGGAGCUCUGCAAUAA